UCCCUUCCAAAACCACCCUUUGCCGCCCCCACUCUCCCCUCCUCUCCUCCCUUUAAAACCCCUCUCCAUUCGAGGACUCAGUCAUCUCCCCCCUUUCUCUCUAUCUCCUACCUCCUUCCUUCAUUCACCUCUACGAAAGUUUUUUGAGUCUAAUGGCUAAAAGCAAAAGAAACACUGCAACCAGCGAGAUCACCACAGCCAACAAUAACGACAGCACAAAUAACAAUGGUGGCAAGAUGAAGAGGACAAGAAGGAGUGUGCCGAGGGAUUCUCCUCUGCAACGUAGCUCCAUUUACCGGGGCGUCACAAGGCACCGGUGGACGGGCCGAUACGAGGCCCAUCUAUGGGACAAGACCUGCUGGAAUGAAUCCCAAAACAAAAAAGGAAAGCAAGUUUAUCUUGGGGCUUAUGAUGAUGAGGAAGCAGCAGCCCGUGCAUACGACUUGGCGGCAUUGAAGUACUGGGGCUGUGACACCAUACUAAACUUUCAGCUAUCGACUUACGAAGAAGAGUUGAAAGAAAUGGAAGGGCAGUCCAAGGAAGAGUAUAUUGGAUCCUUGAGGAGGAAAAGCAGUGGGUUUUCAAGAGGAGUCUCAAAGUACAGAGGUGUGGCAAGGCACCAUCACAAUGGAAGAUGGGAAGCUCGGAUUGGCAGGGUUUUCGGUAACAAAUACCUUUAUCUUGGAACCUAUGCAACACAAGAAGAGGCGGCGAUAGCGUAUGACAUGGCGGCGAUCGAGUAUCGCGGGCUCAAUGCGGUAACCAACUUCGACCUCAGUCGCUACAUUAAAUGGUUGCGUCCGAAUCAUGAUGGUUCUAAUGCUAGCCCUAGCAUUGAUCCUCUACCCAACCCGGCGUUAGCUGAUCAUACAUGUGAUGUUCAACAAAGUUUUCAUCAGCAUCAGCAAAGUGUUGGGGAGAUCUCUCAAUUCCCUGAGCAAAGAGCCAGUGGUGUGGCGGCAUCAUCUGCGCUUGGGUUAUUGCUGCAAUCACCAAAGUUUAAGGAGAUGUUGGAGAGAACAUCAGCAGCAAGUGGCUCGUCCUCUUCGCCCAAAUUUGAUAGCAAGCCAUCUCGAUGCAGCUUCCCGGAUGACAUACAAACAUACUUUGAAUCCCCUGACAGUGGAAGCUACACCGAGGGAGAUGAUGCCAUCUUUGGGGAGCUGCACGCAUUUACAUCCUCGAUGUUGGAGUUCGAGCUCGACGUAUAAAAGCUUUGAAUAUCUCUCAAUUUUGAUUCAUCUUCAUUACUCCAAAAAAAAAAACAUUACAGUUCGGUCAUUGAUUCUUUCAAGGAAAAAUAGGUUUGCCUUUUUUUUUUUUGUCUCUCUUUCUCUCUCUCUAACUAAUAGGAGGAAGAAAAUGAGUGGGGGAGAAUUAGAUGGCAACGAUUGCAGAUUACCAGGAUGUGUUUGAGCUAAUGAUUGAUUUAUUUGUUUUUCAGCUAUGUGGAUUGAGAUUCUCUGUCUCCCAUUCUAAAAAUAAUGACAAAUGGCAGCUAUUGAAGCUAUUCCAACUUUCACAACGCCUCUGAUGUAACGUUGGUAUUUUUGUUAUCUUUUACUCUCAGGAAGUUUCCAAGGCAGAUGAUGGAAAUUUAAUUACUAUAAUAUACAUCUUUCAUGGGCCAAUGCUCUUUGUGGCUUCUUAGGGG